AUGAAGUCCAUUGCUCUCUGCGUCGUUUCACUCCUUUCCCUCGUGCCAUUCGUGGUCGGGGUCAGCGAAUGGGGUCAGUGCGGAGGUCGUAAUUACUCUGGAAGCACAUCAUGCGAUUCUGGCCUCACUUGCGUUUACAUAAACGAGUGGUAUUCGCAAUGCGUUAAAGCUACUGCGACGGCUCCUCCACCUUCGAGCACUUCAUCCAUCGGCUCCUGUGGUCUCCCCAGCCAAAGCUCGAGUAGUCAAAGUUCAAGCACAUCAGUUCCUACCGGAUUUGUUAAGACUGAUGGACAGAGGUUCGUUCUAAAUGGUCAAAGGUUCAAUCCAGUUGGGACCAACGCCUACUGGCUCGCUCAACUUGGCUCUACGUCACUCAUUCAGCAGGCUCUUGCCGAAAUUGCUCAAGCGGGUUCAAAUGUCCUUCGAGUCUGGGGAUGGAACGAUGUCACAAGUCCAUCUGGCACGUACUAUCAGCUUUGGAAUGGUGCUACUCCUACUAUCAACUAUGGAGCAGAUGGUCUCCAGAAGUUUGAUACCGUCGUUGCGUCUGCCAAGGCAGCUGGUAUCCGGCUCGUCGUCCCUCUGACCAACAAUUGGCAAGACUAUGGUGGGAUGGACCGUUACAUUUCACAGAUAGCCGGCGGCGGGCAGCACAGUCUCUUCUAUACCAACACUGCCAUCAAGAACGCGUACAAGAACUAUGUCAAUGCGUUUGUUACUCGCUACAAAAACGAGCCCACUAUUUUUAGCUGGGAGCUUGCGAACGAGUCCAGAUGCAACGGAUGUAGUACCUCGGUUAUCACCGCAUGGGCCAAGGAAAUGUCCGCGUACAUCAAGUCUAUAGAUCCGAACCAUAUGGUCGCCCUUGGAGACGAGGGAUUUUUUAAUCAACCGGGCAGCUCUUCAUAUCCUUACCAGGGUGGAGAGGGUGUUGAUUUUACCGCUAAUAUGGCCAUUUUGACCCUUGACUACGGAACCUUCCACAUGUAUCCAACUGGAUGGGGAAUCACUUCUGGCUACCAAGCAUGGGGUGUCCAAUGGAUUAAUGACCACGCCGCCGUUCAAAAAUCGGUGAAUAAGCCAGUCAUCAUUGAGGAAUAUGGGGUUACGAGUUCUGAUCGCCCGUCGGUGUAUGCCGCCUGGUGGAAAGCCGUUGAAACUUCUGGUCUGGCGGGCGACCAAUAUUGGCAAGCUGCGACGACAGCCAGCGGUAGUGGAUACAAUGAUGGAUAUGGCAUCUCGACUACCGACUCGGUUUUCCCUGCCUUGAAGUCACAUUUUGCUACUCUUAAAGCUCGUAGCUAA